AGUUAGCAAUGCAAAAUUCUCGAAAAACCAUUCAGUUACUAUGUACGGCCACACAAAACCUUUCGUUAAAAUCCACACCGAAACGUUAUGAUUUGUUGAGAAGUGGUGUCUUAGCUGUUCCUGCUCGUGGUUUUAAUGUGGGAGGAGUACAACGAGGACGUAAUAAAAAACAACAACCGGCAAAUGUUUCGGCACUAUUUAAACCAGUUCCUAUACAGCAUAAUGUCGAUGAAAUCGAUGUUGGUUCCGAGUUGGCGGGUAAAUUGGAAAAAUCAUCUGUGUUGAAAAUUCUAAAUAAAUUUACGCAGAGAAGGGAAAUAAAACAAUUGUGUUCGGAAAAUGGGUUGGAUAAUUACCUACAACAACAGGCAUUUGCCUCAUUUCGUCGUUUUUGCAUAGAAUCGGAAAACCUGCCAGUCGAUUUGCAUAUAACACUUAGUGAUAUUCUCAAUGGUGCCGGCCAUGUUGAUGAUAUAUUUCCAUAUUUUAUACGUCAUGCCAAAACAAUAUUUCCUCAUUUGGAUUGCAUGGAUGAUUUGAAGAAAAUAUCAGAUUUAAGAACACCCGCAAAUUGGUAUCCCAGUGCUAGGGCAAUAACACGUAAAAUUGUCUUUCAUGCUGGUCCUACAAACUCGGGGAAAACAUAUCAUGCCAUGCAACGAUUUUUAACUGCCAAAUCGGGGGUGUACUGUGGUCCCUUGAAGUUGUUGGCAACUGAGGUGUUCAAUAAGGCCAAUGAAAAGGGUACACCUUGUGAUUUGGUUACUGGUGAAGAAAGAAAAUUUGGCAUCAAUGAAAAUACCCCAGCCGCACAUGUAGCCUGCACGGUGGAAAUGACCUCAGUUAAUACCCCAUAUGAAGUCGCUGUCAUCGAUGAGAUUCAACAGCUAAAAGAUCCCCAACGUGGUUGGGCUUGGACUAGAGCGUUUCUCGGUCUUAUAGCCGAAGAAGUUCAUGUCUGUGGUGAAGCUGGUUCUCUUGAAUUGCUGCAGAAAAUAUGUGAAACCACAAAUGAAACAGUCGAAGUUCACAAUUACACUCGUCUGACGGAACUGACAAUAGAGGAUUCAGCUUUAGUAACUUUGGAUAAUGUCCAACCUGGCGACUGUAUAGUUUGUUUUAGUAAAAAUGAUAUUUACAAUGUUUCAAGGGAAAUUGAGGCAAGAGGGAAAGAAGUGGCUGUGAUUUAUGGUGGCUUACCUCCUGGUACAAAAUUAGCACAAGCUGCCAAAUUUAAUGAUCCUGAAAAUAGCUGUAAAGUUAUGGUGGCUACCGAUGCCAUUGGUAUGGGUUUGAAUUUGAGUAUACGGCGCAUCAUUUUCUACUCUCUGGUGAAACCAUCCAUGAAUGAAAAGGGUGAACGUGAAAUUGAUACUAUAUCCGUAUCGUCCGCCCUACAAAUUGCUGGUAGAGCUGGUCGUUUUCGUACCCAAUGGGAACAUGGAUAUGUUACAACGUAUAAAGCCGAUGAUUUGCCAACAUUGAAGAAAUUACUUGCUCAAACACCCGAGCCAUUGAAACAAGCUGGUUUACAUCCAACAGCAGAUCAAAUUGAACUAUAUGCUUAUCAUUUACCAAAUUCCAGUCUUAGUAAUUUAAUGGAUAUUUUCGUUAACCUUUGCACCGUAGAUGACUCCCUAUACUUCAUGUGUAACAUAGAGGAUUUUAAAUUUCUUGCAGAAAUGAUACAUCAUGUUCCUUUGCCACUGAGGGCGCGCUAUGUCUUCUGUUGUGCUCCCAUUAAUAGAAAAAUGCCAUUUGUGUGUUCAAUGUUUUUAAAGAUUGCCAGACAAUAUAGCCGUGCUGAACCAAUCACAUUUGAUUUUAUAAAGAAAAAUGUUGGUUGGCCCCUAUCGCUGCCCAAGACAAUAGUUGACCUGGUGCAUCUGGAAGCUGUAUUCGAUGUUAUGGAUUUGUAUCUUUGGCUUAGUUACCGUUUCACAGAUCUAUUCCCCGAGGCACCAGCGGUGAGAGUUGCACAGGCGGAACUUGAUGAAAUUAUACAACAGGGUGUAUUCCAAAUAACAAGGCUAUUAAAAAAUACCGAAGCCAGUCAAAGUGCUGCAGAUGGUGAUACCACCUACAGUAUGAAACGUAUUGUGCAAACUAAAGAACCCCGCAUACCAAACACAUCCCGUGGCCGCCUCACAGAUCGCCUAAUUGCCCAAGGUCUGCUGACACCCGGUAUGCUUAGUGAAUUGCGCAAAGAAUGGGACGCCCAACAACAAUCUCUCAAACAUAAAGAGCAACAAUAUCAAAACAAGUCAAAUAGUCAUGCCGAUGAUAGUGACGACGAUGACGAUCCAACGUCGAAUAGAAAUUUACGUAGAAAACGUAGAAAAUAACUUUUGUAUUUAUUUAUAGUUUAGAUUAAUUU